AUGGCCGUGGAUGCGUAUGGAACCAAGGAGCGAGCAUGGGCUGGAGAUAGCUGGACUUCAGCUCCUCGCAUCACGGGGAUUACAGUGUCAUCUGACUUAGCAUGGAAGCAGAAACUUCGGAUCCUUGACAAGCCCAGGGAGUCUGAUAGCUCGCACAAUGGGCCCUCCAAACUGCAGAGACUGAGGGAGAAGCUGGAACGAGCCAUGGGGGAGGAUCACAGGGAGACGAAGGGGGGGAAGGCCAUGUGUGAACGCCCGCAGGAGAGUCUAGCAGCCGGGCUGAUUCCGAGGCAGGAGGCCCAGAGGGCGGACAAGGCGCACGGCUCCUACUUGACUGUCCCUCCUAACCUGCCGGCCAACUCCCCGAGAUUCCUGAGCUUCUCCGAUCACACCAGCCCGCAAGAGAAGAAGGUCGGCAGGAGGUGCAACAUUCGCCCCGAGCCCUCCAGUGGGCUGACCGGCUCAGGACUCGUGUCCAACGACGGGUUUGGAUAUGGCAGGUUCGAGGGAGAUGUGCUGCACAAGAUCAGCCGGCAGGAACGAGGGUCUGUCUUCCGGGAUACCGCUGGGAGAUAUCUCACGUCCACUCCACCUCUUCGCGAGGAGAGAGCAGGUGUGUAUGAUCAAACCUUUUACACGCCCCCGCAAGAGGAUCCGUUGAGGCAUAUCACUCCUCAUGACGAGCUCUUCAAGCAUGUCACGGGCUCCUCCAGCUCCUCGGUGUACUCGAGAAGGUCGGAGGUCAGAGAGGUCACGCCCAGCUACAGAGAAGCUUCAAGUCUCGACGAGCCCAGGAGAGAGAAUGUCUCUUCUUCCUUUGAUCACAAAGAGAACUCUCAUCAUCCUCAGGAGCUGUUUCAUCAGGCUCCGACACUGAGCAUGUACAGAGACGAGCACGUUAACCGGGCAGAGCAUCACAGGAUGGCUGCGAGCAACCGGCCCCCUGAGAACAGCACGCUCAUGGCCGGUUCGUCUCCCGGCAGACAAGACGCCCGAUCAAGGCUGGAUCACAGCAGGAUGAGCAACGUGGAUGGUUUUAGCCUCCUGCAGCAGAUGGAGAAAGACAACGCUCUGUUCAUCAAGAAUCCGAGCUUCGAGAACGACAGAGAGUUCUGGACGUAUCAACCCAUACGUGACAGCAGGCCAGAGCCUGAGCUCAGCAUCGACAGAGCGUUCGAUCGCCGGUGGCGGGAGAGACCCCACCCUGUCAAGAACCUGCUGGAAGAACCGGCUCUCCGUGCACAGAACAUGGUUCAACGAUUUCGCAGCGGAAAUCGCAUGCAAACUGAUGCCGGGGCUCCUGCCUUGGGGUUCGGGUCUGACAAUUUGAAACCCAACUACUACGUCUCUCCUCGGGACUCGGCGCCGGAGCUCGGAGGAGGCAGGAGCAGAGGAGUGUUCGGAGCGCAGCAGCCUGCCUGGUUGCAGUCCACCACAUCCAUCUCAAGACAACAGCUAGGAAAUUACCCUCAUCGCCCUCUCCCUUCCCACCUGUCCCCAGAGUUUAUUUACUGA